AUGUCUCCAUCUUCUUUGCGCGAUCGGACCAUCAAUCUGGGUGCCGGGCCAUGCACCCUGCCGACAUCGAUCCUGGAAACCGCAGCCCAAGGCUUGCUGGACUAUGAGGGGACGGGGAUGGGCCUGGUCGAGCUAUCGCAUCGAUCGAAGGACUUCCAAAAGCUGAAUUCGGGCACGAUCGACGAUCUACGCACCGCCUUGGCCGUCCCAGAAAACUUCGAGAUCCUGUUCAUGCAAGGAGGGGGCUUGACUCAAUUCUCCUGCGUGGUCAUGAACCUGGUCAACCAAUUCAGACUGAAAAACAAAUCAGAUCCGUCAGAUCAAGUCUUGGUUGAUUAUCUGAUCACUGGCAGUUGGAGUCUCAAGGCCUCUAAGGAGGCUGCACGACUAGGCUGCCAAGUCAAUAUCGUAGCAGAUGGCCGUCGAUCCAGUCCGGACUCGAAGUCGUUUAGUUCCAUUCCACAGCCGAUAGACUGGAAGCUAUCUGACCAAGUCGAUCAACCUAAAUCAACUCCGGCGUUCUUAUACUACUGCGAUAACGAGACCGUCCAUGGGGUCGAAUUCCAAUCGCCUGGACUUCCAAUCGACCAACUACCGGCAGCCUACCAAGAAAAUGUCCCUCUGGUCGCUGACAUGUCGUCCAACAUCUUAUCGCGCAAGAUCUCUCCUCAGCUUUGGAAACGCCUCGGAGUUGUCUUCGCUGGAGCUCAGAAAAACAUGGCCCCCUCCGGCCUCACAGUCGUCAUCGUCCGUAAGGAUCUCAUCACCAAUCUCGACGACGCCGUCCCGUUCGGAGGAUUUAGGGUGCCAGAUAUGCUGAGCUACAAAAACAUGGCCGACCAUCAAUCGCUUUACAACACCCCGCCGAUGUUCUCAAUCUACGUCUGCAAUUUGGUCUUGGCAGAUUUAUUAUCAAAGGGUGGAGUUGGUGCGAUCGAAGAGAUCAACAGCCAGAAGUCUAGAAUGGUUUAUCACGUGAUUGAUGAAAGUCGAGGUUUCUACAUCAAUGCAAUCGAACAAAACGCUCGGAGCAGAAUCAACAUCAUCUUCAAUUGUCGAGGCGGGGCGUCCAUCGAAGAUCAAUUCGUGCUUGAAGCUGAAAAAUCGAGCGGAAUCAAACAGAUUAAAGGCCACAGGUCGAUAGGCGGGAUUCGUGUUUCAUUAUAUAAUGCAGUCACAUUAGAUCAAGUAAAAGUGUUGUGUAACUUCAUGAAGGAUUUUAUGUCCAAAAAUUAA